AUGUCUGAAGCCAUUGAUGACAAUAACUUCAAAGUCGAGAAAAUACUAAAGAGUCGGCAACGAAACGGACGGAUCGAGUAUUUCGUCAAAUGGCAUGACUUUCCCGAUUCAGGCAAUACUUGGGAACCCAUCGACCAUCUCAUCGAUGGAUGUCAUCAUUUGAUCCGACAGUUUGAACGCAUAGACACCACAGCCAUCACUCACACCACACACACCACUCACAGCACAGACACCACUCACACCACACCUCAAGACAAGAGCGACGGCCAAACCCCCGCCGGCGCUCCCAUAAUCUUAUUAUCGGAUUCGGACUCAUUAUCAGACACUUCAGACACUAUAUCAUCGCUGGAACCGCACGACAAUACAGUUGUGGAUCCAAUUGAUCCGGUGGUGAAUGCGGUGCCCGAAAAGGGGGCCAAAGAGUAUCGGGUAUUUCCCUCACACCUGAUCCCAAAGGAAAUAAUAGGCGCCGCACACGACGGCCAACACAUCUGGUUCUUUAUGACAUGGAUUAACAGCACCGAAGAGUCGGUUGUAUUGGGCUCUGAGGCCAACACUCAUUGUCCACAACUUGUUAUACAGUUCUACGAAAAAAGGGCUUUCUUUCAGUGA